AUGAGUCUGAGGAGCUUUAGCUCUUUGGAUGGGGUUUCGUCCCGUAUUCAACUACCCAGCACUCCUGAUUUCGUUCGGGGAGUGUAUGAGUUUCCUUAUUGGAUGGGGUUUCGUCCUGUGUUCAAUUACCCAGCACCCCUGAUUUCGUUCGGGAGUAGUGAGAAGAAAUCGGAAUUAGUAAACGAAUUCUGGGAUAGUUCUAUGUUGCUACGAAAACGGAAGCUUACAACUAUUGCUGAACGCACAGCAUUGAUGGAGGUGCAUACAAAAAAUGUUAUGACUUCGACGUUCAAACAAGAUCUGAUUGUGCGAGAGGAGAUUACAAAACAAGAACGAAUUUACGAAAUAAAUUUGCGAGACGCCUAG